AAGGGAAUGGUAGUGAAUUCGGACACACCUUUCGAGUCGUUUUUCGAGACGUCCAACGAAAUGGUAAAUAAAUUGUAUUCAAACAUACAUUGGAGCCAAAGGGGGAACUUUAUGUCAGUCCCCACUGACUGUCCACAACGGGACGAGCGGUUGGGCUGGACGGGCGACGCGGAGAUCUUCGCCCCGACGGCCGCUUAUAACGCGGAUGUGUCCGCCUUUUACACCAAAUGGAUGCGAGAUAUGAGGGACGGACAGUCCAAAGAGGGAGGCUUUCCAGAUAUAGCCCCCCGGGUAGAGGAUCCUCAAGAUGGUGCUCCCGCUUGGGGUGACGCCGGGGUUAUAGUGCCCUACACUGUGUACCGCAUGUAUGGAGACAUUGAGAUCAUUGAAGAUAAUUACGAGGCUAUGAAACGAUGGAUGGAUUACAUCGGAUCCCAAAACCCGUCGUAUAUAUGGACCAAACGAGUGAACAGUAAUUAUGGCGAUUGGCUACAAGUGGGGGCCGACACGCCAAAGGAGGUGCUGUCGACCGCGUACUACGGCUACGACGCCCUCCUUAUGUCAAAAAUGGCGAAAGCAGUGAAUCGUACGGAAGAUCACAAGAAAUACAGUGAAUUGCAUACAAAUAUCGCCAACGCUUUCGUCAAAGCAUUUGUCAACACAACUGACGCCACAAUCAAAGGCAACACUCAGACCGUGUAUGUCAUAGCCGUGGCCUUUGAAUUGUUGCCACAAAACUUGAUCCCAUUAGCGGCCAACCAUUUAGUGGACAAUAUUAAGGCCCACGACUGGCACCUGACCACCGGAUUUGUUGGUGUGGGCUACUUAUGUCCAACACUGAGCCAAUUGGGUCACUCGGAUGUGGCCUACCGUUUGCUACUGCAGGACACAUACCCCUCGUGGGGCUAUAGUAUUAAAUACAACGCGACCACUAUAUGGGAGCGUUGGGACGGAUGGACCAAAGAGAAGGGAUUUCAAGACCCGAGUUCUUUCAAUCACUACUCCUUGGGAUCAGUCGGUCGAUGGCUCUUCCAAUCGGUGGCCGGUAUUGACACUCAUGAGGAAGGGGUGGGAUUCAAGAGUAUAGUAAUCGCACCAAAACCCGGCGGUAAUCUCCAGAAAAUGACGGCCCGGGCACAACAAGCGAUAAAUAAAGAGGAGUUUUACGGAUUAAGUGGUCUUCAGCUACAGGUGUGGCGAUUCAUCUCAAUUGUGACCGUUUUGUUGCAAGACUUCACGGCUUUGGUCGGCAUUAUAGGCGCCUAUCGCGAGAACUAUGAGCUGACACUCACUUACUUUAUAAUCACGACCAUUGUGUUGAUCAUGAAUUUAGUGAAUACAUCGCUCAGAAACACUAUCAUUGGACCCAUUCUUGACAUUUGUGUUAUGAUCACAGCCUUUGUCUUCUCCAAACACCUCAAAAGUACUGAAUAUGAGAUCAAUGAUAGCAAGGCUCAAAAUAAAGUGUAAAUUAAUCCUAUAAAUCAUGAUUUUCCCAGUAUAAGUAAACUAGAUUAUGAAUAUAAGGUACUAUCAUUUGAAAGAGUA